AUGCAGGACCGAUUCUCCGUCGAAGUCAUCAACGAUGACGACUUUCCCGAGCUGACCGCGGCGCUAUGGGAGGGAUUUGAAAACCCCUACCAGGGUGUCUUGCGACUCUUUUUCCCCAUUCAGAACAAUGAUCGAGAGGCCACUCUCAAGGCCAAUAUCCAAGGAGUAAAGGAAGAAUACUACCAGCAGCAACCCGAUGUGACAUGGAUCAAGGUGGUUGACAGGGAGGCAAACAACAAGAUUGCGGCGGCCGCCAAAUGGUACUUUUACAAGGACAAUCCGUACGCGAAGCGGGAAGGACCGAUGGUCGCGGACUGGUUCCCAGAAGGAGUCACACGAGACUUUGCGACACAAGCAAUGCAACAGUUCGAGCAUCCCCGGGAGCAGAUGGCUCGGCGAGCACACGCCUUCCUACAUAUUGCGUUUGCCCUUCCGCAGUACCGCGGCCAGGGACUUAGCCAUCUCUUCAUGAAAUGGGGCGUUUCCAAGGCUGAUUCCCUCGGCCUGGAAGCCUGGUUGGACGCGUCCAAGUAUGGCGCUCCUGUGUAUGAAAAGUAUGGCUUCCGAAAGAUCCAGCCCAAUCCUGUGAAACCGGUCCCAUCGCGAGAAUUGACCGAGGAGGAGCAAAAAGAAUGGGCCAUCUGUGAGCAGACGAUAUUACCUCUCAACGCGACAGUGAUGUGGCGUCCUGUUGGAGGCACAUUUGUGGAGGGAGAAACCCCCAUUCCAUGGCAGCAGGAGACGCCGGAUAAAAUGUAA